AUGGACUUUCGCGCACUGGCAGCCGCUUGUCACCACGACGCCGUCUACCGCCAGUCCAUCACUGCGUCGAGCUUAUGGGUACAAGCUGCCGAGGCCGUCAAUGGGUACAGGAAGCAGCUACAGACCGACAUUGUGGCUGCAGGCCGAGACGAGAACAGCGGCAUCGAGGGACGAGAUGUAGCCAUGACUCACGCCAACGAUGAUGAUGAUGGUGGUGAUGGCGAUGAUGAUGGACUGAGUUAUACAUUUCGCGUCCCGUGCCACGAUCCGACCGCAGCAGGGGCAGCAGCAGUAGCGGAAGAUGCUUUGCAGAAAGCUGUUGUGAUAUUGAAGGUUCAAGCGGACGAUGUGGACCGAGUAGCGAGUCAACUCGACUCGAUGACGGCAGUUUUCCGCUUUUUGCGGAACGCCUGUGCUGCAUGUCGGGACAACCAGAGUGCUUGCCACGAUGCGGGGCUGAUUCGGUUGGCACGGGACGUGGUGCUGCAGUGUUGUUGCUGGAUCGAUGUGGAAGACGAGAAGUGCAAGGAUUGCGCUGUCCUUUUGUUUCAGGUCACACUCCAGUUUUGUGUGAACAGUGUCACGGGGAGCAGAAGAAACCAGGCAGAAGCAUGGGAGCUGUUCUUUCCGCACGUGUUUCAGAAAGUACUAGUGGAGUGUCAUGAGCAUCGCAAAGUUGUAGCGUUUGCGGUUGCGCUGAUCCUCAACUGUGUCAACUCUGACUGCACUACUGCGCCUGAAGUCGAGGAAGUUGCUGCUCGUCGCGUCGAUCUGGUGUGCGCCCGGAACGUGUUGACUACGAUUGUGCAUCGCUGUAUCGUCAAGCCUGCAGAGUCAGAUGCUUUAUUGUCAAGUGGUCGGCACAUGGAUGACCAGGAUCCAGCAUUCGAGUGGAUCUGUAUGCUGUUUGGCGUGCUUUUCCACGACGGACGUGUCAAGGAUCUGUACAACGCCGUGGGACCGCACAUGCUGAGCAAGCUGUGGUCUCGGGUGACCCCAGAGCAGUUGAUCCUGCUGCAAAUGUUCGCGAUGUGGGCUGCUCAGAAGUCCAAGCCAAUUGCUGCUGAGACAAUGCACGAGCAUGACGAAAAGCGUGCUCACAGACUUCCUGCAGACACGUUUGAGUUUGUCGGAAGUACAUGGAUGGGUGUCAUCGACACCACCAACGACGACUGGCCGGAUGAAGCCGACGAAACGAGAACGCAAGUGUGGGCUGAACUGGAAAACCAAGCAAAAUCGCUGCUGCUCGAUGUGCUUGGAGAGCUAACGAUCAAUCAGGCGGCGCUAGAUGCUGCAAGUUCUCAGAAACUGUUGAUGUCUCUGCUGCAAGAGCUACAACGUGUCUGGGAGCUUGGACGUCAGAACCCACCAUCAAGGUCUGAUCCUGCUGCUGGCUCGACGCCACAAGCACGAACACAGGGAGAGCCGCUCGGGUACAGGUCCAGCUUGAUUCGACUCAUUGGCAAUCUCUGCUUUCGUCACACUGUGCACCAAGAUCUCGUGCGGGAGAAUGGCUACUUGCCUCUGUUUCUCAGCCAUUGCAACGUCGACGAAGCAAACCCGAUGAUCCGAGAAUGGUCGUUGGUAGCUUUGCGCAACCUGUGCGAGGGAAACGAGGCCAAUCAAGCGUACAUCAACGCACUACGUCCGCAAAAGAUGGACACGAAAGCAGGCUGA